AUGUCUGCUAAUUUUCUGGAUAUUCUUAGUAGUGAUGAACGAAUGCCAGAUUAUAUCUUUUAUCGAAACCUUUGGUGGAACAAGGGAGAACUUAACGAAAAGAUAAAGUGGGAAGAAAUAACAUUACCUUAUGUGCUUGCUAAGGGGAUCGACAUUGAAGAAUAUGAAAAACGUACAGAAGAGUUCAACGUUCACGGAUGUUGGGAGUGGUCAAACGGAGAAGUCUUAAUCUACGAGUUUCCUUCUAAGCCACACGAAGUUGGUAUUGGUGCAAUUACUGAAGAAAUAAUGGGUGCUUGUAGAUCAGUUAAAGGGACACCUUCUCAGAUUUAUAGUUUUGGUGCUACUGGAACACGUGAUGGAAACCGUGGAAAAGAAGCCGACGCAUCGUUUCGUCCAAAAAAGCCAGCUGAAGAACCUUGGCCAAAUUUGGUCGUAGAAGUGGCCUACACUGAAACACUAGAUCACGUCGAAGAAGCGUUGCGCUACUGGUUAAGUCCUGGUCGCGCCCAUGAUUGUUUUAAUUCAUUGUGGGCUUGGCAUUACUAUGUCUCAGCAGGUAGAGGAACGAGAAAUACACCUCCUCUUGUAACCGAGUUUGAAUUCGGUACACAAGAUGGUACAGGUGCUCAAUUAAAUAUUGUGCAAAGUCAACGCAUCAUUAACGUACCAUUAAGAUGUCUUUAUCAUGACUUGAAGCCUACUGUUCAAAUGCCCCAAAAUCUUCCUGAUCCUAUUCCAUUGGACUUCUUCUUUGUUCAAUUUGCAAUCACAGAAGCAUUCGACAUCUAUUAG